AUGCCUCGAUUGUCUUUGUUCGCAAUUUUCCCAGGUGUUUUCCACUCACAUUUAUCAACACUGUCACUUAUAUCUGGUCUACCAUUAGAUGAACAGGCCCCCACUUCACAAGAUGUUGGGCUUCAUUUUUGGUUGAAUCGUUCUUCUGAUCUGAAUUUUUCGGAUUUCGAUGGAUUUAAUGGCAGUGACGUGGCUAAUGUAUCUUAUGACUUAAAGGAAUUGUCUAACUCUGCUGAAAGUUUCAUCUCGUUCAGAAAUCAAGACUCAUCGGACGCUUCGAGACUAUCAAAUUAUCAACAUCAUAUUGAAAUAAUAUCUAAUCAAGCUAAGAACAAUGUCAUGUCAGAUAAGUCAGGAGGAAAAAUUAUGUUUGAGGUUGUAACUGCUGCGACAGCAUCCGAAGAAGCUUUUCUUAACCGUUCAUCUGUUUUGUUUGUGGCUGUUUCAUUCAUCCUCCUUAUGGUGAUCAGCUUAGCAUGGCUUGUGUUUUAUUAUGUGCAGCGAUUCAGAUAUCUACACAGCAAAGAACGAGUUUCUAGAAGGCUUGCUGAAUUAGCUAAGAAGGCUGUUGCGCGCAUACCUAUUAAAACACUACAUCCUGGAGAUCGAGAAAUAACUACAGAAUAUGAACAGUGUGCAAUAUGUAUUGAAGCUUUUAGACCACUGGAUAAUAUUCGUAUUCUGCCUUGUCGGCAUUAUUUUCACAAAACAUGUAUCGAUCCUUGGCUGCUAGAGCAACGUAGUUGUCCAAUGUGUAAAUUGGAUAUAUUACAAGCGUAUGGUUUUCGUGCAGAGUUGUUUUGCAGUUACGCCAAUUUAGACAACCUAAAUAAUAGAGCAACAUCUGGCUCUACGGUUGUUGUUUCUUCAGUUUCUACAACUUCACCUGGUCUAAUGGCAGGCAGUUUAUCCAACACAGGAGUGGAUGAUGAGGCUUCCGCGAUGGAGAGUGUAUCUUUGGUAACUAGUCAAUCACAAGUUAUGAAUGAUAUUUUAACAGCUACAUGUGGACCACCUCCUUUGACGUAUGUUGUACUGGCUGGUACAAACGGUACUGCUAAUGCUGCUGACUCAAUAAUAAUUCAUGCUCAGUCGUGUUCUAAAACCAAUGAACAAUUGAACCUUACAAAUUCCAUUUCAUCUCAUCUCAUUCAGAGUAAUAAUAUGAAUCUACCUAGUCAUAGUGUAAAGAAUAGUAUCGCCAUUCCAUUGUUAUCAAACUUAUCAUUUCCCCCCAACCAGUUGACCGAUCCAUCUAUGUGGAGUAAAAAUCUCUUACCAGUGUGUGUAGUUACCUCUGUUACUCCAUCUGAAUCAUAUCAAGGAAGAGCGCUGAUGGUUUGCGAAUCUCUUCUUGGAAGUCUGUUAAGUCAAACGUGUUCUGCAGUGACUGCAACUAUUGGUUUACCAAAUGUCCAUCCUACUGAACAUUCAUUUACACUAUCCAUGAAUGCUAAGGAGGCUACAACUUCAACUACUCAGUCUCUAAUGGGUCCAUUAUGUUCAACGACACUUGAUUCAGAGAUUUCAUCUGCUCAUCCAAUGAAUUUCAUUUACACUAAUUAUCCUGACCAGUUAAUCAAAUCACAGAUUAAUAAUUUGCCUGCAGAACAUUCAAAAUUAGCAACUUACCCAAUGAGUAAUUUAAAUACAUCAAAUUCAUCACAAUAUCCUAUAAAUCAGCAUAAUUGGCAAAUUAUAAAUCUACACAGAAUAAUACAAAAUUCAGAUAAAUCUCUUAAUAGUAACACUCUUAGAAAUGAUCAUUCAUCGAUGAGUUUAUUUCGUAACUGGUUGUCUAGUCAUUGGCGUAAUACAUUUUCACGUUCACGAUCUAACAAUAAACGUGUUAACCGUCUUUCAUAUCAUACGCCUUCUUAUUAUACUGUGACUUCUACACCGUCAACAAGUGAUGUUGUCAACUCAGAGGAUUUUGAUCAAAGUAAAUCGAAUCUAAUUAUAGCUAAACGUCAAUCGACCAGUACAUUAACUACAAAAGAAUGCUAUGUAACUGCUGUAGUCGAAGAUGUUCCAUCAGAAACAGGCAAUAGUUCUACACUAUCUGAAUCUGUAAAUAUACCAACAUCAGAUUAUUCUACUAUGAAUCAAUCAGUCAACACUUUAUCUCUUAAUCUCGGAGUAAAUACAACAGCUGAUAUAGUGUUUUCUCAGUAGCAUUGAUUCCAUAAAUUUCAUUUAUUCAUACUUGUUUUAUAUUUGUAUAAUUGUUUAUUUAUUGUAUGUUUGUGUUCGUUAACUUGUAUUCUUCUUCCUCUUCUUUUAUCUUCUUACUAUUCAUCAUUGUUCAAGUUAUUUUGUACAGUUAAAGAAAAGAUACUGAAUACAGCUGAAAACUUUUGUGUUCUCUUGAUUCCUUCUGAUUUUUCUGAUUUCAUUUUAUCUAGCUCAAAAAAGCGCUAAAUUACAAAUAAUACUUGUCGCAUUUCGCUCCUAUACACAUAUCGUAUAGGAAUUAUGUAAUAUAAUCUCUACUUUAUUAUUAUUAUUAUUACUGAAUUAUAAGCAGAUGUUUACUACUCAUGCUUUACUUGUUUAACUGACAGUUUACAUUAUUAUUAAUCACUUAUUUUUAUGAUUUGCAUUUUACCACUAUUAUUCUUGUGUGUUGUGUACACUAUGUGAAGAAUGUUAUCUCUCCUAUACUACCUUUUUCUAAGAUGCUUAGUUAUGCUUAAUUUUAAUUUUCAAACUACAUACAUAUAUAUAUAUGCAUUAGAUUAUAUUUCAUGUAAAUUGUAAGCAUAUAAUAUCAUUCCUUUAUUAUAGUAAUAUUUUACCUUAUUUGUGGCUACUUUUUGUUAACUUCCUAUCACUACUACUGUACAACUUAUUUUCAUACUCCUCUAUUUGUGUUUCUUUCAUUUUCAGUUUUCUUUGCCUGUUAUCUAGUUUUUUUCUCUUCUUUUUCUUGAAUUUUAAUGUGCAAAAUAAGUGAAUAAAUAUCAAACAUUUGAUUAAAUUGAGUGACUUUUUCCCCUCCCCUCCUCUUAUCAGAGUGGAGGGCGCAUUCGCACGCGCGCGCGCUCGCGCUACUUGCAUAUCUUUUAAAUGUUUCGUUAUUUUUGGUGUUGUUGUUAUUGUUGCUGCUGUUGUUGUUGUAGCCUACAUCUGUUUUUACCUGUGUCUUCAGAUAGAAGAUAAAACACCAAUAACUGUGUAUUUCUUAUUCAGAAAUAUACAUUUAUCGGCUGUAUAGCUUAAGUGGAUACCAUAUCCUUUCUUUUCUUACGUAUUGUAAUUACUUCUCUAACUAUAGGGGAGGGGCAUAUGUUGUCUUUUUUGUUUGUUUGUUUUUGGUUAUUGUUUUUAUUUGUUUACUUUUUUUUCUUAGUUAAUAUGACUUAUGUUUCCUUACAGUUUUUAUUCUUUCGUGCAAUUUGUAAUAUCUUCUUGUAAUCAAGUGCGCAUGUGUGUAAUUCUAGUAUCAUUUUAUAAGUAUUAAUAGUAGACUUAUUUUAAACUAUUUCAUUGUCAAAUAGUCACUAUGUGUGCGCUUAUCUAUGUGAAUGACAAAAACUUUAUUCUCGGGGACGAGAGUAGAGAUGACAGCAUUAUGAGAAACAAAUAAUAAAAUAAAAUACUUCGAAAUGUGUUUUGUUUUACUUUUCUUCUUUCUUAACAUACUGUUGAUUUUCUUCGUUAUCGAACUUGCAUAAUACGGUAUUUAA